CAGCCCGCACCAUGGCGGGGUCCGGCUGCGCCUGGGGCGCCGAGCCGCCUCGCUUCCUGGAGGCCUUCGGGCGGCUGUGGCAGGUACAGAGCCGCCUGGGCAGCGGCUCGUCGGCCUCGGUGUAUCGGGUGCGCUGCUGCGGCAACCCAGGCUCGCCCCCCGGAGCCCUCAAGCAGUUCCUGCCUCCGGGAACCACCGGGGCUGCGGCGUCGGCCGCGGAGUAUGGUUUCCGCAAAGAGAGGGCAGCGCUGGAGCAGUUGCAGGGUCACAGGAACAUCGUGACUUUAUAUGGAGUCUUUACCAUACACUUACCUCCAAAUGUGCCAUCACGCUGUCUGUUGCUUGAACUCCUGGAUGUCAGUGUUUCGGAAUUGCUUUUAUAUUCCAGUCACCAGGGUUGCUCCAUGUGGAUGAUACAGCAUUGUGCCAGAGAUGUUCUGGAGGCCCUUGCUUUCCUUCACCACGAGGGCUAUGUCCACGCAGACCUCAAACCACGAAACAUUCUGUGGAGUGCAGAGAACGAGUGCUUUAAGCUUAUUGACUUUGGACUUAGCUUCAAAGAAGGCAAUCAGGAUGUAAAGUAUAUUCAGACAGACGGGUAUCGAGCUCCAGAAGCAGAACUGCAAAAUUGCUUGGCCCAGGCUGGCCUGCAGAGUGAUACAGAAUGUACCUCAGCUGUUGAUCUGUGGAGUCUCGGAAUCAUUUUACUGGAAAUGUUCUCAGGAAUGAAACUGAAACAUACAGUCAGAUCUCAGGAAUGGAAGGCAAACAGUUCUGCUAUUAUUGAUCAUAUAUUUGCCAGUAAAGCAGUGGUGAAUGCCGCAAUUCCAGCCUAUCACCUCAGAGACCUUAUCAAAAGCAUGCUUCAUGAUGACCCAAGCAGAAGGAUUCCUGCUGAGAUGGCAUUGUGCAGCCCAUUCUUUAGCAUUCCUUUUGCCCCUCAUAUUGAAGAUCUGGUGAUGCUUCCAACUCCAGUGCUCAGACUCCUCAAUGUGCUGGAUGAUGAUUAUCUUAAAAAUGAAGAUGAAUAUGAAGAUAUUGUAGAAGAUGUCAAAGAGGAGUGUCAGAAAUAUGGACCAGUGGUUUCUCUGCUUGUUCCAAAGGAAAAUCCUGGCAGAGGACAAGUCUUUGUUGAGUACGCAAACGCUGGUGAUUCCAAAGCUGCUCAGAAAUUGCUGACUGGGAGGAUGUUUGACGGAAAGUUUGUUGUGGCUACAUUCUACCCGCUGAGUGCCUACAAGAGGGGAUACCUGUAUCAAACCUUGCUUUAAUUAGUAACCUAAGGACUAUUUCCUGUUUCUCCUCUUCCAUUUCUUGGAUUAUUAUAUUCCACAGCUGAAUGCAGGAGCACCCCUUUACCCAUUUUAAAGGGUACCUUGUACAUUUAUUUAAUCCUACUAAUGUGCAGCCAUUGCCCAAACAGUGACUGCCUUGCAAACAUUGGCACUGAGUAGGACAAGACCUCUCAGCUAUACAUUGAGGGGGUUAGAGCACCCAUGUGGGCACCCUUAACUUGUGCAGUAGGGCAGGUGCUGCUCUUUAGUAUGUAACCUAAAAAGAUGUCAUUUCAUGUGAUGAUGAAGCAAUGAUGAGUAAUUUGUCAUAGUGAAUAUUAUUAACAGAUUUGUUAGGGUUGGUGACAUCACAGGUUGUUUGUUUGUAUUGUCAGGUGUAUCUCAUUGCUGUUCUAGCUGGCACUGGAUGCUCUAAUGUUAAGUCAUUGUCAAGCAGCAGUUACCUCCCGUGUUCCUAACAAUGAGUUGUGAGUUUUUCUAAGGGAACUGUAGAACUUAAUAUUCCUCUGAAGAAACUGCAGUGAGCCUGUCAACAUUUUUAAAAUUACUAUUAAGGCUUUUACAAUAGAAAGCUGAUGCUUGAUCUUGCACAAUUUUUAUGUCUAGUGUGUGUGCUUGAGUGGGUGUGCAGGUGUGAAAGAAUAGAGAAAUUGGAGUCAGUGUACUUUAUAGUGUGAGUCUUGUGAGCUAAUGCAGUCUAUAACCAUUUCUUCCUGCCUGUUUCACACUUGUGAGACUUGACAUACAGGUUUCUCGAAAGUUGGUCUGACUGAUAGAAUGUAAAUGACAAAAAGUGCAGAACAAACUGGAGUCUAGACCAGGGUUACACUGAAACUCUUCCGAGUGACUGGAACAAAGAAGGUUUUGUACAUGUAAAUUAUACCAUUCUUUGGUCUACUUUAGACCCAAGAUUAACUCAUCUGUUUGUACUGAACCUCUUGUGAUAAUUGUAAAAAUUUCUUCAGAUGUAAUUUUUUUUUUCUGCUGUAAUGGGAAAUUGAGGUGGAUCAGAAAAAAGUUUGUUGUACAGUGAAGGGAAAAGAGAAAAGUGCAAAGAAGGUAUCAUGGAUCCUUUCCUCCUCUGUGUCCUCCCUGCUGCCCUGCCACAUUCAUCCCUUGUCCCCUUUGCCUCUGUCUGCAGCUGGAGGGCUUUUGACUGUAAGGGAGUAAAGAAAGGUUGGGGUAUUAUGAGGUGGAAGUAGAAAGGAAUCAAAACUCAGUUCCUAGAAGCUCUGUAGUGAUCUAAUGUGUCCUUGAUUAGAGGCGCCUGUUGUCGUGAGUUUGUGGGCACAGACGGACUGUGACUUGAGGAUUGUGGGCGUGGGUUCUUCUUCUCUAGUGGAUUGCCUUGAAAGCUGUAAACUAGUAAAGCACUGAUAGUACAGGGCAACCACAGACUGGACACCAGUUUGGAAUUUUCCCUGUCUCCUUACCUGAAUGAAAGUUUUAUUUAUUUAUUUUUCCUUAGGAAAGAGCAUGUUUCUUUCCCUGACAGCAGCCUGCUUAUAUAGUCUUCUCUUGUCCGAACCAUAUAAGCUCCUGAAAGCUCCAUUACAAUUUGCAUUUUAAAGGAUGAGUUAUUUUACCCUGUUGAAAAAUACACUGUCCAACAUUUGUUAGUAAAAUCAAAUUAUUCAGAGCUCCCUCUUCUGACGUUAAAUUUGUUUUAAGGGGAUUACGUCAAGGUCUUACAUCAUGGUCCCCGAUAUGUUCCUUAGAUAGAAGGCUCUUUCAGGAUUGAUUGGAUGGUUUUCAAGUCAGAAUUAGAGAGCAUGGAAUCAGUACUGUGAAGCCCUAUGCUUUCCUAGAGCAUAACUAUUUACAUCAGGGACUGCUUCUGUGGUCACAGGGUACAGGUGAAUUCUUUGGAAAAACAAGUAUGGUUGACAUAUGUUCCCUGUCUCAUAAAAAAGAUCCUUGCAAAUAAACUGCAGAUAAGCUUCCAAGCUCUGUCGGGUAGAUGCUGCUCACAUUUCUGCACUCAGCCUGCUGUGAUCCUUGUCAGUGCAAAUGUAGUCAUAAAUGUGUGUUGUGUUUGACCCUGUAGACUUAUUGCAGACGAUGCUAACUUGAUUUUAAGGGAACUAAGGAAGUAAAUGGUGGACCCAAGUAAAUGUAUUGAAUUAAAUAUUCUAUAUUGAAGCCACAAAGUUGAAAACAAAAGCUACCCUACUAUGAUUUAAACCAUUGUUUGCUAGUUCUUAGCCCAUUUACCAAAGAGGACAGCUGCAUAGUCUCCCUCCUCUGAUACCAUGAGGACUUUCUUAAAUAGGACCAAGUGUUAUAAAAGAUGCAAUUUUUCCAAUAAAUAUAUGCACAGAAAUCUUAAUUCUUUGAAGUUAUUAAAAAUCUGGAAUUCUUUUACUGGGCAAGGUAAAGAGGCAAGGAUUCAUAUUAGCACCUUUCUCUGGGGGCAACUUUUAUCUCAGGUAGUUUUUCUUUCCCUAUUUUAGUAUUUGUGCUUCCUCCCCUCUUGCCUUCCCACUUCCUUCCUUAUUCUUCCAUGGUACUACUCUACUGGGGCACAUUGUUCCAGAUAAGGCAGAGGAAGUGAUUGCCUCCUGGGGAAUUUUGCAUUUUUUAGAAGUAUUUGGAGGAAGUGGCAAGUAGCCGUGAUAAAACUUUAAUACUAUAUUUAGAAGAGAAUAGUAGUGUUGGGCACCUCAGUAAGGGGUUUAUUAGCACUGGAUACCCUCCUUCCUUUGUGGCCAUUGGCACAGCAUCUAUCUUUGGGAAAUCUCUCUGCUGUCUCCUGAGCUAAGUUUACGGCUGCUUUUAGAAUCAUAUGACUAAUGUAGGUUUACUCAUCUGCCUCUGUUUUCAUUGAGAGAAGCACGGCCUUCUGUUUCAUCUGUAGCUGCUAAAGAGUGUUGAGAUAUGUUAACCUGCCACCAACCGUGCUGCCUCACAGAGAAAAGUGCAGAAGAAUUGCAGGUGUCUUAUUACACUGGACUUUCCCUUAAGUAUGGGCUUCAGCGUUUGCGUAACUUUAAAGGCAGAUUAGACUGUUCAUCAGAAGCUGUUUCAUGGCUCUUUUGAAUUUGUUGAUCAAAGGCAGGUGGCUGACAGUUUGUCGACAUUUUUGGUAGUCCUCACUCUGACUUCUUAGGCCUAUUGUACGUAGCAUUGUAUUUUUCAGCAGUUUUUGAAAAUGAACAUCAUUGUACCCGAUGGUAAUUAGAACAGCAUAGUGGGUGAGGGAAUCAGCCAGGGAGACACUUGUAGCCAUGUGGUCUACCUAAACUCUCACUCAAAGGGUACGGGCUGACUUUUUUUUUCAGAUUAGGGUACAGGUAGGAUCACAUUGUGACUUUCCAUCUGUUGGAUGUGUAGCUGGCUCAUAUGAGCAAGUGCCUUGUGUUUCCUGAUGAAUAUUAAACCUCAUCUGGGCAAAAGCUCCAGGUGACGACUACACUGUCGCCUUUUCUUGGAAUAACUUGGAUUGAGUCAUGUGAGUCCAGAAUUUCCUUGGCUUUCUUUAAAAGUAUGUAUGUGUAAAACUCUUCCUACUUGAUGUACCUCAGUGUUGCAUGUUGAUGGAAAGGCCAAUUAUCCAGCACAUCUAAUGCUGGGAUCACGUUCCAUUUGUUAGGGUUCUCUCCUUAAAUCUUAUUGCUCUAGCUCUCUCUCUAUUUCUUGUAAAUUGUGGUCACAUACAGACCAGUCCCUGGUCACUGCUAGCUCAAAAGAAAUCCUGUUUCUUGAGGUGCUCAGCUUUCGCCUUUCUUUUGAGUAGGGGUCUGUAGUCUUUCCACCUGGUGUCCUAACUUCCUCAAAGAACACCCUGAUCUUGAGUCUUUGUCAUGUGGAGCUCAUCUCGGUGUUUAGAUUUUAGAUUCUUAAUCAAGGAGAAGCUUGGAUAUUUUAGUUUUUAGAGUGCCCCCCCCCCCAUUUGUAAUGAAUUUUGGUCCUUUCUUCACCUGAUACCACAGGAUGGAUCGUGAUUUUUGUCCUCCCCAAGAUGGUGUUCACUAUGUCUAAAGUUGUCUGAUGACUGAUGCUUCAUACCAUGACCAGCAGCUGGCAGGUACUAGAUAUUUAAGAAGGUAAACAAUUUAGACUAUUUUUGCUAUGACUUUAUAGAAGAAAUGAGCUGUCAAAGAAAUACAUAUAUGCCAGGGAGCAUUUAGGAUACACAGCUUUUUGGAGACAGGGUUUCACAGUGUAGCCUAGACUGGCCUCCAGCUCAGGAUCUUCCUGUCUCAGCCUCCCAAGUGCUGCUUAUCACAGUGUGCACCAUCAUGCCCAACUCUUGUAGGAAACUUUAUAGAUGGUCAUUAAGGGAAUUUUUCAGGAUAUAAGACAAACACAAAAGUUUACACAAAUUUGUUUAUCCUGAUAAACUAUUGAUUAUCUGUAGCUCAGCACUUUCCCUGUUUCUUGUGCUGCUUAUGGGAAUAAUUGCUUUAAAUUUGCUGUAUUUGUGCCUUUCAGAGAGUCAUAACCAAGACAGCUGUGUUUGUUGACACCAUUCUAAAUGCUGGCAUUCCUGGGAACCUCACUAAACAAUUGCCUGAGUAUUAAACUAGAUAGCUGUCACAACAGUGUGAAGAGAAAUUGGUGGCUCUUUUGAAGAUGGUGUGUGUUUUGUGAACUCAGUUCCUAGUGUUUUAAUGAAAAGACAACAAGACAUGUUCUUACUUGCCUGAGUGACCAUUAAUCUCUG